AUGAGACUUGGAUAUUUCCGGAACGAAUGCGCUCCUACUCCGGCUGUCUCUUUUGUCCAAGUUGAAGAUCCCUGGGCACAUGACAUCUCGAAUGUUGUACAGGACGGUGAAGCCAUUCCGAAUGCCGAAGAAUGCGAUCCGGAUAAAGGAGCAGAUACUGCGGGAGAAAAUGAGCUUUCCAGUCGCCAGGAAGUCCCAGAUCGGUUUUCUUUCGAGCUUUCUUCCCUGCACCAUGCGCCGAUGAUGGAUCACAGUACACCCCGGGAUGCUUCUCCCGUUCAAUUUGGUGGAAAUACCGAUAUUGACAUCAUCGACAAAGUUCUUAUCUCGUAUCUAUUGCGACAUUUCAAGCAAGGCCCAGGCCAAUGGAUGGAUCUUUUUGAUACUUCGGCAUACUUCUCCUCGAAAGUGCCCGUCAUUGCGGCAACGAAACCGCUAUUGAAGUCCGCAGUCUGCGCCCUCUCUGCAAAGCAUCUAAGACAUAUCUGUCAAACCAUGAGCCACGCUGAAGAAAGGUCCGGGUUCAUACCGAGCUACCCCGGCCUGCCCUGGAUAAAAGAGGAAAUGUGGCGAUACAACUCGGCAAAAUAUUAUGAUCAAGCUCUUGGUCAUCUCAAAACCGCUAUUGACUUGGAGUCAUAUAUGAAUAGCCUCUCGGACAAGGAGGAAAUGCUCGCUGCCGUCGCAAUACUCUGUGCCUUUGAAUUGAUGGACGCUCCUGGCAGUGCAUGGAGAGCUCAUCUGAGCGCUUUACCACUCUUCAAUGAUAGAGCUGCUUCUAUGCCGGACCAAACGAUAGUCAUCCCUAGGACCGCUGUGAAAGGGCCAAUAUUCUGGAGCCUUGCAAGACAAGACUUGUUAUGUGCAUUCAUAAGCGAAACCCAGACUCGACUGGACCUGAAAGACAUGCGUCUCUGGCAGAAUGCAGGUUUGGCUACUGAUGAGCGUGGGGAGCUCUUACCUUACAGUCCUCGAGACGUGAUGGAGAACCAGAAAUCUUCAGGAUUCGAGGAAGAUAUGAAAAGCAACGAACUCACAUGGAUUCUUGGCAAACUUGCGAACCACCUGACGGCUGGAGAUGCUUUAGCCCCCGAGGACAAUGCAUUACCGCGCCACCAGCGGCUUUCGAUCGGGUUAAACCAGGAAUAUCUUUUGGAAAGAUGGAACCUAUUGAUGACCGAUUUGAAAAAAUGGCAUGAUUCCCUCCCGGUAUCCUUCUGUCCGACUGCUCGUACACGGAGAUUAGGCCGUGCAAGUCCCGGUCUUGAGCUGAGCUUCGAUACCUUUGAGCAGAUCUGGUUCGACCUGCCGUUGUGUGCUGCAACAGUACAAAGCUAUCACCAAGCGAAGAUCCUGCUGUUGGCAAACGAGCCCCAAGAGUCGACGGCGAUUCGAUCAACUGUUUCAGCACGCUUGAGGUCAUAUCGACACGCCCUUAGAGAAGUCAUCUAUCAUGCCAGGGAGAUUUGUGGUAUCAGUCUUGCCAAUUCGACAGAUCCGUUUCGGGUUAAUUCUGUGCAAGCUCUGUUCGUUGCCGGUCAGGUUUUUCAGGAACGGCAUGAGCAGGAUGCGGUCCUGGAAAUACUCUCUGGGAUUGAACGAGAUAUUGGCUGGACCACAAGAUAUCAUGUGGCCAAACUAACUGACGAAUGGGCACGGGGGAGAGAAGGCAACCACAUUGAUCGGAAUGAACGGGGUCAUGACCGCAGUUGGUUUAUUUCAUAG